AUGCCAAAACAAAUUCACGAUAUUCGUAAAUUUUUGAAGAUAAGCAAAAAACCUGAUACCACUGCUGUUAUUAUUGUAAAGAAGAAAAAUAAAACAAAGAAAAAUAAAAUAAUAACAAAAUUAAAAUUAAGAACAAAAAAAUGUUUAUAUACAAUGGUUUUUAAUGAUCGUACUAAAGCCGAAAGAAUUGAGAGCUCUUUGCUACCAAGUCUUAAAAGAAUUUACUACCCAGCAAAAAAAAAGUAA